AUUGAUGAGCCCUUUCAAUAUGGUGGAUUAAAAUUCGGGUGGCCAGAGUUUCGAUUCUGAAUUAAUAUAUUCUGUGCUAUUAAUACCUGUCAUUCGUAAUGAACAAGACAUGAACUAUGCAGAUAUUGAAAAAACAAUUGCUGCUCUUGGUGAAAAAGCAAAAAUAGGUGCCAUCAAUGUUGAAGACAUGGAUGGUGGAACUUUAACAGUCAAUAAUGUUGGAGUUUUCAAAUCUCUAAUGGAAACUCCGAUUAUAAACCCACCACAAUCGGUUAUUUUGGGAAUGCAUGGAAUUUUUGAAAGGCCUCUUGCUCUUAAAGGACAGGAUACUAUCUAUUACUGUAGUAUUUUGUUAUUGAUAAUAAUUAAUGUCAUAUUUCUCUUUUAUUCGCUAGGUUGUCAUACGACCAAUGAUAUAUCGCGUUAACAUAUGAUCAUAGUCAUAGACUUGUCAAUGGGCGUAAAGCUGUACUUUUCCUACACAAAAGUUAAAGCUGCCAUUGAAGACAUUAUCAGCAAUGAUAAUGUUCAAAGCCAACCAUACUUACUUGGCAUAAUUAUAAAAAUUUA